UUUGUAGCAACCACAACCCUAUUGUGAUGUCACAAUUAAGUUUACAUCAACAAUCAACAUCACUAGGACAGUCAAUGUUAAGGUUUCCAUAGAAAAUAUCAACAAAAACAGCAUUUCCUUGCUAGCUUUUGUUCUGAAAAGACAUAACAGCAUUUGAGGAUGGCAAAAAAUAUGACUUUGUUCAUUUUAAUAAAUAUUUGCAUUGCAAUGGUGGCUAACAGGAGUGCAACAUAUCUCAACAUUGAAGACCUGAAAUACAGCCAAGGUUUUAAAGAAGUCUAUGAUAAAGUUAGGAGUUUGGAUAUGGCCCAGUAUAACGACAUUAUAUUUGAAAGUAUGACUUGCACAUUUGAUAAACUAACAUCAACAACAGACGAUUUCAAAGUAGUUGCUAAUGACACAUUUGAUAACAUCAAAGAAGCAACAGCUGCACUGGCAGAUGAAGUGCUCCAAUGGGUCAAUGAAACUACGUUGGACAUAAUCAGUGGAAUGAAAGACCUGAUAGCGGCAGUGUAUGAAUGGAUCAAUGCAACAACAGACAGCAUCAGUGGUAGCCUAACAGACUUCAUGAAUGAUACCAUUCACCAAGUGAAUGAGUUGAUAGAUUCCGUGGCCCAAUCCAAAUUUGGAAUCUGGUUGAUAAAAAAUGAUCCCUUCAAAAGUCGAGACCUGUUUGAAAGAGCUGUUAUCCACUUAGUAGGCAUGCUGUGUAUCAUUGCAUUUUCCAUUAAAGUCAUCAUAGUAGAGACAGCAAGACUUAGACACACCCCUCCCAAACCAGAUGAUUAUCAAGCUUACUGUAGACAUAUUGAGGAACUGCUCUCUGAAGACGACACCAUAUCGAAGAAAUCUAAACCAGUAAGAGAUAUUAUGCCCAAAUAUGGAUGGAAUAAAAAACAGAGACGAGGAAUGAGAAAUGUUACGAACAAACAGAUUAUGAAGAUUGUAAUUCAGCACAAACAGAAAGAGCAAGAAAGCAAAAGAGCGAAGACACAAACACUGUCCUAUAUUUUGUCUUGUAUAUAUGGACUCUGAAUUUUACACCUGUAUAUAUAUUGACUGUUACAAUGCUUGCUCAUCAAAUCUCAAUAAAUACUUAUUAUUACAUGUAAUUAAAA